AUGCGUUACUUUGUGAACACUCUGAAGGAUUUUGUUCCUGGAUCGGUAGUACACGUUCCAAAAGAAGUUAUCUACGAACGAGUAAACGCCGUCUGUCAGCAAAUUGCCCGUCAUCAAGAAGCCAAUUUUGACAAUGCCGACGGCGGACUUUACGUAGGACCCGCUGGCUUAGCUUGUGCAUUUUACCGACUAGCUUCAUCUGGCAACUUCCAAGACAAAAAGUCCGAACACCUAGCACGUGCUCAGGAAUAUCUUUCGGCUCAUGAUUUAUAUUUAAAGAAAUCCCGAAUUCAUAGAACUCAACAAGCGGGUUUACUUCUUGGCAAUGGCGGCGUAUACAUGACUGGAGCCUUACUGUACAAAACAUUGGGAGAUGAUGCAAAAGUGGCCGACUAUGUUAAAAUGUACAUUGAUCUAGCUGCUGUUUGUGAACCAGUAAGAUUUCUUAAAUGUGGAUCGGAUGAAUUGUUUGUAGGACGUGCUGGGUACCUUUGUGGUGUGUUAUAUCUGAAUAAAGCAUUGGGCACACAGGUUAUACCUAAUGAGACAGCACAUGCACUGUGUAACAGUAUGGUAGCUUCUGGUCGAGACUAUUCAAAACGUCAUCGUUCCCCUAUACCAUUGAUGUAUGCAUAUUAUGAUACAGAAUAUUUGGGUGCUGCCCAUGGUCUUUCGGCAAUACUACAGAUCUUGAUGCAUUUCCCGAGUUUCUUCAAAUCUGAUCCAUCUAUUGAAAAAGAUAUAAGGGAAUCAGUUGAUUUCUUCUUGAAAAUAGAGACAUCAGAUGGGAACUAUGCUCCUUCUGUCAGUGAAUGUUACUCGAAAAGACCAGUUGAUAAUGAACUGGUACAUUGGUGUCAUGGGGCACCAGGAGUGGUAUACUUACUCGCUAAAGCAUAUCUAACAUGGAAUGACAGUAAGUAUAUGGAAGCCUGUCUUAGAUGUGGAGAACUAACAUGGCAAAGAGGAUUACUCCGAAAAGGUCCAGGAAUA